AUGGAUGGAAACAAAGAAGACGCGUUGAAGUGCUUGAAAAUCGUCAAGGAAGCGAUCAAAUCCGGAGAUCGAGAACGAGCUCGUAAAUUCCUCUCCAAAGCUCGUCGUCUCGAUCCAGAUCUCCCUAUCGACGAUCUCAAAUCCGAUCUCAACAAUAACAACCAAUCAAACGAACCAGAAUCUCAAAAAUCUCCCGCCGAAUCAUCUCAACCUUCUUUACGCCAACGUGGAUCUUCAUCAUCAUCAACAACACCGUCUCCUUCUUCAUCAAUCUCCUACACAGAAGAACAGAUCUCGAUCGUGAAAAAAAUCAAAUCGAAGAAAGACUAUUACGAGAUCUUAGGCCUCGAGAACACUUGCUCGGUCGACGACGUGAGGAAAGCGUAUCGUAAACUCUCGUUGAAAGUCCAUCCCGAUAAGAAUCCAGCUCCUGGAUCCGAAGAAGCGUUUAAAUCCGUCUCGAAAGCGUUUCAAUGCUUAAGCAACGAAGAAGCCAGAAGAAAGUACGACGUCAGCGGCUCGGAUGAGCCGAUUUAUCAGCCGAGAAGGAGUAACGGAUUCAACCGUGGUGGUGGUGGUGGUUACUAUUACGAAGACGAGUUUGAUCCUAAUGAGAUCUUCAGAAGCUUCUUCGGUGGAGGAUUCGCGGGAGGAGGGAUGCCUCCCGCGAAUGCUCAGUUCCGAACAUUUAACUUCGGAGCUGCGCGACAUAGAGCAGCUAAUAAUAAUAACAAUCAAGCUCAUGAUGCUGCUGGUUUUAAUGCACGUGUGCUUCUCCAGCUUCUACCUGUGUUACUCAUACUACUCCUCAACUUCAUACCUUCGUCACAACCUGUUUACUCGCUUUCCGCGACGUAUCCUUACAAUUACAAGUUUACUACCGAGAGGGGUGUUAAUUACUAUGUGAGGUCGGCUAAGUUCGAGCAGGAGUACCCGCGAGACAGUCACGAGAGACAGAAUGUGGAGGAUGAGGUUGAGAGAGAUUAUGUUUCUAUACUUGGGCAGAAUUGUAGGUAUGAGCUGCAGAGGAAGCAAUGGGGUUUUGUUCGUGAGACGCCUCAUUGUGAUAUGAUGAGGAAGUUUGAGACAGCUUCUGCUUAA